AUGGUGAUCAGGGAAGGCCGGGGACAAAGCCUUGAACAAUGUCUUCAUAGAGAUUAUAACAUUUGCUCCCAUGCCCUAAGAAGAACUUUUGGCAAUGAUUUCUAUGAGGGAACAAGAGCAAAACUGAUUGAUAAAGAUAACAAACCCAAGUGGGUGCCUUCAAAACUAGAGUUGGUUGAUGACGAAAUAGUGGAUCAAUACUUCAUGAAUGUCAAUGAUGACGAAUGGGAAUGUCUUCGAUUUGCUGAUAGAUCCGAUUCCCAAAUUGUAAGCAGAUUGUAGAUUGAAUCUACAAGGUUUAACUGAGCUCAUUAUGGCAUGUGUGGUUAGUCUAAAGAACUAUGUGGGUAAUUUAUGAAUAAAGUGGAAUUAAUUUUUAUGUAUUUAUUUACUUUUUAUGUUGGAAUUAAUGUAUAGUAUUAAGAAAAAUAAAAUCAUUGUAGGACGUGAUCGUGGCAAC